AAUUGAAGCUUAUUGCACUCAACUUGGUUGUCGUGACCCAACCGGAAUCUAGUCCAAGUAUCGAAAGAAAGCCAGUCCAUUAUAUUUCCAUUGCAAGCCCAUAAGGAUAGCCAGGCUUAAGCCCAUAUAUAGGUCUCAGGUUGACGCACAAGACGAGACGCUUGGUACGCUCUCUCUCUCUCUCCUCUCAUGAAGCCCUCGAUCCAAAUCAAAGCCGUCACUACCGCCACCUCCUCCACUCCGACGCGUCUAUCCUCCCUCUUCUCGUCCUCACCACCAAUUACGCAGCCGGCCCCCGCUUCGCCAUGUCGCCGCCUCCCUCCGCCCACCUUCAUGUCCCGCCUCUACUGCUCCAUCUGCGCGAGCCCUUGUCCGAGCCCGGCUCGCCUGCGAACAUCUCCCGAACGGCCUCCGCCCGCACCUUCGCUCCUGGAGCCUCCUCUCUCGCUUCAGCUCCGCCGGCUUCGUCGCGAGCCCGGCCUCAGGCUUCCCGCCGAGACCCUCGGCACCAUGAUCCACUACUUCGUCCGCAAUCGCCGCAUCGCCGAGGCCCAGGCCCUCGUCCUCCGGCUGGUCCGCCGGCGUAGUGCCUCCCGUGCGGAGGUCGUCGCUGCGCUGGCCACCAGCUACGACUGCUGCGAGGGCCCCGGCUCGGCCGUGUUCGACCUCUUGAUCCGCACCUACGUGCAGGCGAGGAAGCCGAGGGAGGCAGCGGAGGCGUUCCGCUUGUUGAAGGCCCGGGGCCUCUUUGUCUCCGUCAACGCCUGCAAUUUGCUCCUUGCUGGAUUGGUCCGGAUGGAUUGGGUCGACAUGGCGAGGGACAUCUAUGGUGAGAUCGUCGAAAUGGGGGUCCAUCCGAAUAUCUACACUUUGAACAUCAUGGUGAAUGCCUUCUGCAAGGAUAGAAGGUUUGACCAGGUAAAUUCGUUCUUGUUGGAGAUGGCAAAAAGAGGGAUUUUUCCUGAUGUUGUAACGCAUAAUACUUUAAUUGAUGCACACUGCCGCGCUGGGCAUUUGGAAGAAUCAUUGCAAUUGCUGAACUCGAUGGGCGACAAUGGACUAAAGCCUGAUGUCGUGACUUAUAAUGCUGUUCUGAAUGGGUUUUGCAAGAAUGGUCUAUAUGACAAAGCAAAAGAAUUGCUGGGGGAAAUGUUGGAUGCUGGUUUGGUGCCGAAUGCUUCUACAUUCAACAUUUUUCUCAGUGGGUUUUGUAAGAUUGGUAACACAAGCGAAGCCAUGAGGAUUUAUGAUAAGAUGGUCGGUAGUGGAUUUGUUCCUGAUAUAGUAAGCUUUAGCUCUGUGAUAGACUUGUUUUCGAAGAAAGGUGAUAUGAAUCGAGCACUUGCAUAUUUUGGGGACAUGAAGACCAUUGGCUUGGUUCCAGACAAUGUCAUCUACACUAUGCUUAUCAGUGGAUUUUGUCGGAUUGGUUUGAUAACGGAAGCUCUGAAGAUGCGUGAUGAGAUGGUAGAUCAUGGUUGUUUGCCAGAUAUUGUCACCUACAAUACAAUCUUGAAUGGCAUAUGUAAAGAACAAAGGUUGUCGGAUGCUGAUAAACUUUUUCAUGAGAUGGUAGAAAGAGGAAUUUCCCCUGACUUUUGCACUUUCACUACUCUCAUUGAUGGAUACUGUAAGGGUGGUUUAGUGGAGAAAGCUUUAAGACUGUUUGAUAAAAUGCUAGAAAGCAAUUUGAAACCAGACAUUGUUACUUACAAUAGUUUGAUUGAUGGUUGUUGCAAAGAAGGGAAUAUGGAAAGAGUAAAUGAGUUGUGGGACGACACGUGUCGAAGGGGAAUGCUUCCUAAUCACAUUACCUACAGCAUUUUAAUAGACAACCACUGUAGUAAAGGACAGGUGGAAGAAGCCUUUAGGUUCCUGGAUGAAAUGGUAGAAAAUAGAAUUGCACCUAAUGUUGUGACAUAUAAUUCGAUUAUUAAAGGUUAUUGUCGGUCUGGCAAUGCAAAAAAAGCUGAAAAGUUCUUAGAAAAGAUGAUUGAUGAUAGUGUCAUUCCUGAUAUAAUUACGUACAACACUCUCAUUUAUGGAUUUGUCAAAGAAGAGAAGAUGCAUAAGGCUCUUCAUUUGAUCAAUAAGAUGGAGAACAAAGGGGUGCCACCUGAUGUUAUCUCAUAUAAUGUAAUUUUGAGUGCAUUUUGUGAACAAGGGGAGAUGCAAGAGGCUGAUUCUGUAUUUAAAAGAAUGGUCAGCAGAGGAGUCCAACCUGAUGGAUCUACAUAUACAACCUUGAUAAAUGGUCAUGUUGCAGUUGACAACUUGAAAGAGGCAUUUCGUCUCCAUGAUGAAAUGCUACAGAGAGGUUUUGUGCCUGAUGAUAAAUUUUAGAAUUCCUUUUUGUGCAGAUUUGGGAGCUUUGAAAGAAAAAUAGUUGUCCUUGCUGAUAUAUUCUGUUAGGCACUAGGAAUUAUGGGACAUGAAGUGGUUGACUUGGAUGGCAGGCAGGUUACACAUUCCACAGUGCCAAGAUGUAUGGUGCAGCUGAUUAUGAUCAUCCUAGGGUAUGCACUAGCACCCUUGAUGGGUACUCCAUAACCUGCAAAUGCUUAUUGAAACCCAGGUUGGUCCUUCAUUCAUCUGAGUGGGUGUGUGGAUGUCAAAGUCACUUCACAACCUUCUCCCUUUUACCCAUAUCUUACCCAUAUCCAAAGUAAGGUAGGUUUACUCAGCUGAGUCACUCAAUUGGCUGGUCCUUUACAUCCACAAGAAGAUUUUUGGUCUGCAACACUGUGAUAACAGUAUGGUGCUACUGGUUAUAGCUGUUGGUGCAUUUAUCAAGGGCUUAAGGAUUCUGUUGGAGAUGAUGAGACAAUAUUUCAUUCACGCAAGAACUUAAACCAGCAGGUUGCUUGUGGCUGUGAAGAUGAGAAAUACAAAUUGGCUAACUUGCACUUAUUUGAGCAGUUGGUCGGACAUUUGGUAGUGCUUUGGACCUGGCGGUUUAGCCUUUACCAGAGCUUCCAAUAUUUGACUAACUUGCUCAGCUUCGUCAGCAGAGGGAUGAGAUUGCUUGGUGCAUUAGGAAUACGAUUAUGGAAUAUGGACUCUAUUCACUCCUUUCAACCUUUUGCUUCAUUAAUACAUAUUUUCAUCUUUGUUGUCUGGUUCGUUGCCAUUAGACUUUGAUAGCGCCCGUCCAAUCCUUUUCUGGUUUGCUACAUGGAGAUGCUGCAGAUAUGAUUGCUAUCAUCAAUGCUGCAAUUGUCCAGUUCUUUAUUGAGUUGUAGCAUCCUUGAGUUGUCUGUGUUUUAGAUUGACUCCGUUUUUAAGCUUACCAAAAUGGUUGAUGAAUGAGAGCUGUCAGUGUCAUAUGACUAAACUAUCUUUGUCUAAGUUAGAUCCAGAGUGUUCUACUUCAGUCUUAAGGUUCUUUGUACUGUCAUUACUGCACAGUUCUAAUAUUGGAAGAUUUGAUGUCUGCUUAAGCUU